UUCCUCCGAGCCCUUCGCCGGCGAGAGAGAUGGAGCCCGGCGGACUGCCACAUCCACCAGCCUUGAACUCGAAGAAGCCAUGACGAACCAGCAACACCCCCACCCGCAGCAGCACGCAUGGAGUCGAAACCGAGGACCCAGCCGGCCAAGGGCAAGCGCGCCGCCGCGAUCGCCGUCGCCCCCGCAGAGAUAUAACCGCCCCCGAGAGAGAAACUCUAGCCCUACGCACGAUCGCCUCCCGAUCGCCCUCUUGCGUAACUCACGCUCGUGGUGGACCCGCCCUACGAAGGCAGCAUGUCGACGGCGACUCUCGGUAUGGAAAAAUUCCUUCGCCUCUGACUCCGAUUGCGGGAGAGUCUAGGAUAGUGCAUGCCGGUUCCAUAUAUAUUCGUAUUCCCUACCAACCAACAAGUCGGAAACCCCCAGAUCAAUCGUCCCCAAACCCAAACCCAAACCAUGGCGGCGGAGGCGGCCGACUCCGUCCACCCCGCGGAUACUCCCAUGAAAGACUGCUCCGGUGAUCCGCCCGUGCUGCCACUCUCCACUCCCCUCUCUCCAAGCACGGCCUCGCCCACCGGCGCUCGGACCUUGCCCGUGUUCGAGCGUGACGUGUUCCUUGGCAACGUCGACGUGUUCCUUCCACCGGGGACACCAUCAUCGGGUUCCGGUGUGUUCCCGAGCAACGAGAUCCGGAUCAGCCGCCGGUCAACCGCCAGCAGCAGGUGCCCACCGCUGGCCGUGCUGCAGGUGAUCAGCGCCUACUCCUUGCGCUGCAAGCUCCAGGAGAACACGCUGGACCUCCAUCCCGGAUCCGUCCUGCUCGGCAACCUGCACUCCACCUGCUGGAACCAACGCAUGACCGCUGUGGUGGCGGCUGGGGAGGAGGAGCUGCACCUUGUGGCUAUGCAAAGCAAGGUCAAGGGUGUCCCAAGUUUCUGGUGUUGGUCUGCACAAAAAGGGCUCUACACGGCAUGCCUUGGGAUGCUCAACCAGCGGCGCCUUGCCAUUGUGUUUGAUCUCGACCAGACCCUCGUGUCUUGUUACAACGAGCAAACAUUCAAGACUCUCACGAAAAAGAUCGAGUCAUCCUUGGAGAAUCCUGAACUUGCUGAUGAUACGCAAUUGGCACUUCGCAAUCAACUCGGUAAUGUCUCCAAGGAUCAAUUAUUUCUCAAGGAAUACAAAGAGAAACGUGCUAUCACUGUCGGUGAUGAGAUUGUGCGGAGCCAAGAUGAAAAGAGCAUGCUGCAUAAACCUGGCGGGCUGCGACAAGUUAUUGUUCGGCCCGUGAUCAGGGUCCCGACAAGGAAUGCAGUUCUGACUUGCCUCGACCCAACGGAUGCUGAAAGUAGUUACUUUGCAAACAUACGGCCUGGUUGGGAUGACUUGAAGAGUUGCCUGAUUACUGCCAACGGAUUCAGAAGAUAUAAGGUCUACGUAUGUACAAUGGCUGGUACAUAUUAUGCUCUUGAGGCAUGGAGACUGCUUGAUCCAGAAGGCAGAUUGAUCAGUUCAGAGGAGAUUUCUCAGCGCUUAAUAUGUGUGAGGCGAGGUUCCAAAAAGUCGCUUCAGCACGUGUUCCGAAAAAGUUUAUGCCAUCCAAAUAUGGCCAUUGUGAUUGAUGACCGCCUGGAUGUUUGGGAUGAGAAAGAUAAGAGACAUGUUCAUAAUUUGCCGGCCUACAAUCCAUCAGUUGCCACUGAAGACAAGGUGGUGCAUGGUCCCAAUGCGCUUCAGAUUGUAAGAAGUAUUACACGAAAAGUUCAGAAAGGAUUCUUCAGCGAGUUUGAUGGGAUGCUUCUGAAAGCAGUAGAUGAACUAAUGUAUGAAAAUGAUGUACUGGAUCUCCCAUGCACUCCAGAUGUUGGCGACUACCUACAACUGAGGAACAACAAGAUCGUAAUUAAGACGCAGUGAUGCCUCUAUAUCACCCAAACAUACAAGUAGUGCUGAAGUACCAAAUGGGAGCAAGAAUUAAUGGAGAGAUUGGCCUGGUUGGUUUAUCUAAUCAAGUAGGCCGGCAAGGGAUAUUAAGUUUUCCGAUAAAUCUGGAUCUAUGUUGAGCCAACUUAAUUCAGCUGCGAUAACAGAACACUUCAGACUUUUACCGUUGAUCUUCUAGAGCUGCUUUGUUUAAGAUAGCAUGGUAAUACUUAGUGGUGUGCAUGCGUGCAUGGAGAACUUCUAGAACUGGAUCAUGUACAGAUGGACUUGUCCGAGACUUAAUUUUUUUAAGUUUUGGAUAUAUUUUGUAAUCUAUAGGGUUCUAUGGGCUGGCCCAAUAAUUACAGCAACACAGAAUCCACCGAGGACAACACACCGUACUCAGCAUUUUAAAUUAUACACAUCAAGAUAUUAACUAGCAUCCCACAUUUUGGCAA